UGACGGUUGCACCGAGCGACGCCGACAGCUGGACAGCGGCUGGAAUGUAACUUUCCACCGCGAUGCACUGCGCCUGUCGCUGACGGACCUCUGGCAGACCACCCUGGGGUGGGCGGAAUGGAGAAUCGGAGUGUGCCUCCUGGGCCCUAUCGGGCCACCAAGCUGUGGAAUGAAGUUACUGCAUCUUUUCGAGCAGGAAUGCCUCUGAGAAAACACAGGCAACAUUUUAAAAAAUAUGGCAAUUGUUUUACAGCAGAAGAAGCUGUGGAUUGGCUUUAUGACCUAUUAAGAAAUAAUAGCAAUUUUGGUCCUGAAGUUACAAGGCAACAGACUAUCCAACUAUUGAGAAAAUUUCUUAAGAAUCAUGUAAUUGAAGAUAUCAAAGGUAGAUGGGGAUCAGAAAAUCUUGAUGACAACAGUCAGCUAUUCAGAUUUCCUGCAAAUUCUCCACUUAAAACUCUUCCACGAAGGCAUCCAGAAUUGAGAAAAACCAGCAUAGAUAAUUUUUCCAAAGAUAAAGACAGUAUUUUUAAAUUACGAAACUUAUCUCGCAGAACUCCUAAAAAGCAUGGAUUACAAUUCUUUCAGGAAAAUACGGAGUACAUGAACUGUGAAAUAAACAAUGAAGAUCAAGAAAACUCGAUUUAUAAUAGAGAAAUAAGCCAGAAAGAUGUUGAAGAAGUUUGGAGAUAUAUUAUUCUGAUCUACCUGCAAACGAUUUUAGGUGUGUCAUCCCUAGAAGAAGUCAUAAAUCCAAAACAAGUAAUUCCUGAAUAUAUAAUGUACAACAUGACAAAUACAAGUAAACAUGGAAUAGUUAUACUACAAGACAAAUCAGAUGACCUUCCUCAUUGGGUGUUAUCUGCCAUGAAGUGUCUAGCAAAUUGGCCAAGAAGUAAUGAUAUGAAUAAUCCAACUUAUAUUGGAUUUGAACGAGAUGUAUUCAGAACAAUUGCAGAUUAUUUUCUAGAUCUCCCUGAACCGCUACUUACCUUUGAAUAUUAUGAAUUAUUUGUGAACAUUUUGGUUGUUUGUGGCUACAUCACAGUUUCAGAUAGACCCAGAGGGAUACAUAAAAUCCAAGAUGAUCCACAGUCUUCAAAAAGCCUUCACUUAAACAGUUUGAAUUCCUUCAAAUCAACUGAGUGUCUUCUUCUCAGUCUACUUCAUAAAGACAAAAACAAAGAAGAACCAGAUACUACUGAGAGACCGCAGAGAAGCAAUCAUGGAUUUCAAGAAAAACCCGCUAAGAAAAUGCAGCUAGUUAAUAACUUAAAAAACAGAAGAGCCAGUGCUAAUGACGUACUAGGAGGAAGCUGUCAUAGUUUAACAGGCUUAAGUAGUGUGCAUGUUCUAGCCUCUAACAUCAAACCAAGGUGCUAUUCUUUAGAAGGAAUUGUAGAUUUACCAGGGAGUUCAAGUAAAGAGGUCUCCAGAGUCUGCCAUCAAUCUGUUCUGAACAUAGAAGGACAAAAUAAUAAACAAGUUUUAGAGUCUAAGACCAAACAGGAAUCCAUAAUGACUCUUCAUUCAGAGGAAAGUAUUCAAAAGCCACCCUGUGUUGGUUUUAAGAGAACCUCUACUUUGACUGUUCAAGACCAAGAGGAGUUAUAUAAUGGAAAAAGCAAGUCAAAACAGCUUUGUAGAUCUCAGAGUUUACUUUUAAGAAGUAGUACGCAUAGGAAUAGUUAUAUCAAUAUGCCAGUGGCUGAAAUUAUCAUGAAACCAAAUCUUGGACAAGGCAGCACAAGUGUGCAAACAGCUGUGGAAGGUGAACUCGGAGAGUAUAGUACCACAAUCAACAAAAGACUCUGCAAAAGUACAAUAGAACUUUCAGAAAAUUCUUUACCUUCAGCUUCUUCUAUGUUGACUGGCACACAAAAUCUGCUGCAACCUCAUUUAGAGAGGGUUGCCAUCGAUGCACUCCAGUUAUGUUGUUUGUUACUUCCCCCACCAAAUCGUCGGAAGCUUCAGCUGUUAAUGCGCAUGAUUUCUCGAAUGAGUCAAAAUGUUGAUAUGCCCCAACUUCAUGAUACAAUGGGUACAAGAUCACUGAUGAUACACACUUUCUCUCGGUGUAUUCUGUGCUGUGCUGAAGAAGUGGGUCUUGAUGAGAUCCUCGCUGCAAGAUUAGUUUCUUUCUUAAUGGAUCAUCAUCAGGAAAUCCUUCAAGUACCCUCUUACUUACAGUCUGCAGUGGAGAACCAUCUUGACCACUUAAAAAAGGGCUGUAUUAAAAAUCCUAGAGAUGGACUGAUUGCUCCUUUGCCAACGUAUUCAUACUGUAAGCAGAUUAGUGCUCAGGAGUUUGAUGAACAGAAAGUUUCUACGUCUCAAGCUGCAAUUGCAGAACUUUUAGAGAAUAUUAUUAAAAACAAGAGUUUGCCUCUAAAGGAGAAAAGGAAAAAACUAAAACAGUUUCAGAAGGAAUACCCAUUGAUAUAUCAGAAAAGAUUUCCGACCACGGAGAGUGAAGCAGCACUUUUUGGUGACAAACCUACAAUCAAGCAACCAAUGCUAAUUUUAAGAAAACCAAAGUUUCAUAGUAUAAGAUACUAACUGAAUGAAAAAUUACGGAAUACUUGUGGAACUUUAGUAAAUGAAGCCAUACCUAAGAAUCCAGCUACUAGAAACGAAGUCUAUUUAUUAGUUAGGUUUUUCUAAAUAAAAUACAUAUAAGGAUGUGCCAAACAAAAUAGUUUUUAUCAAUUUAAGACUGCUAAGAAACUGGUGGAUCCCAACUGAGAGAAAAUAACAAUGGGUGAUACCAAAUAUUUUAACCAGAAACAACCUUUUGUUUUUUGUACAGCUACCAUGGAAAAGCUAUUAUGAUGUGUGCUAAAAUUAUAUUUACUUGAAUUUUGAAAACUGACACGUGUUCAGCAGGAUUUAGUUCUAAUUCUGUUUUAAAAGAAAACUUAAUCGUCACAUGUGUUUAUGGAUAUUAGCUUAAAGAACUAGUUGUUUAGAGUUACUUUUGUUUCUACUGUGUUUCCCCGAAAAUAAGACCUAGCCGGACAAUCAGCUCUGAUUUGUCUUUUGGAGCAAAAAUUAAUAUAAGACCUGGUCUUAUUUUACUAUAAUCUAAGACCCAGUCUCAUAUAAUAUAAUAACAUAAUAUAAUACUGGGUCUUAUAUUAAGUUUUGCUCCAAAAGACGCAGUAGAGCUGAUUGUCAAGCUAGGUCUUAUUUUUAGGGAAGCAGGGUAAGUGUAAGAAUGUGAAGACUAUUUGAAAACAAUGAAUUAACUCUCAACUGCUAAAUGUUGCACUCAUAUCUUUUUCUACUUUUGAUCUAUUUAUGUAUGUAUGUGUUUUUGAAAU